AUGGUCGCCAUCCCUCGAGUGGCCGCAGCUCGUUCGCUGGCCCGACAGCUGGCCAGAUACAACCUGCGAGUCACUGGCAUUGCUUCGGCGCCCCUCCGCAUCGCCGUCGCUUCUACCCCCUUCGCCCGUUCACCUGCCUCAUCAUUCCGCAAUCUCAUCACCUCGACCCGCAGGAGCGCAGCAGCUGCCGCAGCGGUCAAGGCACCACCAGCACACGAUGCAGCUGCCCAGACCGCACACGACGGCGCCCACCAGGCCAUGGCCGAGCUCACCGAGGCCGAUCUGAGCCGUCUGGUUCGACAGCGCAACGUCGGUAUCUCGGCACACAUCGACAGUGGUAAGACGACAUUGACGGAGCGAGUGCUGUUCUACACGGGCAGGAUCAAGGACAUCCACGAGGUGAGAGGAAGGGACGCCGUCGGUGCCAAGAUGGACCACAUGGAGCUCGAGCGCGAGAAGGGUAUCACCAUUCAGAGUGCUGCCACCUACUGCAGCUGGAAGGCGACACCACCUACAGAAAAGGCGAGCGUCAGCGGCGAUGCCGCCAACGUCGACAGCAAGGAUCUCAUGGCGAAGAAGGAGGACUUCCACAUCAACAUCAUCGACACACCCGGCCACGUCGACUUUACCAUCGAGGUAGAGCGUGCGCUUCGCGUGCUUGACGGUGCCGUCCUCGUCCUCUGUGCUGUUUCAGGAGUGCAGUCGCAGACCAUCACCGUCGACAGGCAGAUGCGCCGCUACUCUGUGCCGCGUGUCAGCUUCAUCAACAAGAUGGACCGUGCCGGUGCCAACCCGUGGCGCGUCAUUGGUCAGAUCCGCAACAAGCUCAAGAUGCCCGCUGCCGCCGUCCAGGUCCCCAUCGGUGCCGAGGAUGAUUUCAACGGUGUCAUCGACCUCAUCCGAUGGAAGGCGGUCUACAACGAGGGUCACAAGGGUAUCGAGAUCCGCGAGACCGACGAGAUCCCUGCCGAAUAUCUGGAAUUGGCCAAAGAGAAACGCGCCGAGCUCAUCGAGCAGCUGGCAGAGGUCGACGACGAAAUGACCGAGAUCUUCAUCGAAGAGCGAGAACCUACGAUCGACGAGCUCGCUGCCGCCAUUCGUCGCUCCACGAUCCGAUGCCAGUUCUCGCCCGUUUUCCUCGGCUCGGCUAUCAAGAACAAGGGUGUUCAGGCCAUGCUCGACGGUCUCUGUGCCUACCUGCCCAACCCUGCUGAGGUGCCCGCGACCGCGAUGGACAUGAGCGCCUCUGCCACUAAGAAGGCUGCCGAAGAAGCCGCCCGGGCAGCGGGUGAGGACGAAGAGGCUGCGGCCGAAGCACGCAAGAACGCCGCGCCCCCUGUCCUACCACUCUCGCCCGCGUCCGAGGCCCCCCUCGUCGGCCUUGCGUUCAAGCUGGAAGAAGGCAAGUACGGACAGCUGACAUACAUGCGCGUCUACCAGGGUACGCUCAAGCGCGGCAACCUGAUCUUCAACGCUCGCACGGGCAAGAAGGUCAAAGUACCCCGACUUGUGCGGAUGCACUCGAACGACAUGGAGGAUGUCGAUGAGAUCGGAGCGGGCGAGAUCUGUGCCAUGUUUGGCGUCGAGUGUUCGUCGGGCGACACGUUUACGGAUGGAACGACGCAGCUGAGCAUGACGAGCAUGUUUGUGCCCGAGCCGGUCAUCUCGCUCGCCAUUACGCCGGAGGGCAAGGAGUCGCAGAACUUCUCGCGCGCGCUCAACCGGUUCCAGAAGGAGGACCCUACAUUCCGCGUCCACGUCGACAAGGAAUCGAACGAGACGAUUAUCUCGGGUAUGGGAGAGCUGCACCUCGAAAUCUACGUCGAGCGCAUGCGACGCGAGUACAACGUGCCAUGCACCACGGGCAAGCCGCGCGUCGCCUUCCGCGAGACCGUCGAGAAGAAGGCAACGUUUGCGUACACACACAAGAAGCAGACUGGCGGUGCGGGCCAGUUCGGUCGUGUAAUGGGCUACAUCGAGCCCAUGGAGGUCGACCCCGAGACAGGAGUCGACACGGCGUUCGAGAACCGCGUCGUCGGUGGCUCGAUCCCCAACGGCUACAUCGCUGCGUGUGAAAAGGGCUUCUACGACGCUCUCGAAAAGGGCGCUCUCUCUGGCCACGCCGUCACAGGCGUCCGCUUCGUGCUUGAGGACGGUGCAGCCCACAGCGUCGAUUCGUCCGAACUGGCGUUCCGUCUGGCUACCGCCGGAGCCUUCCGCGAAGCCUAUCAGAAGGCCAAUCCGGUGAUUCUCGAGCCCAAGAUGACGGUCGAAGUCGUUGCACCCAUCGAAUUCCAGGGCGCCGUCAUCGGCGCCCUCAACCAGCGCAAAGGCACUAUCUCGGACACCGAGGUGCGAGAGGACGAGUUUACCUUGACGGCAGAGGUGUCGCUCAACGACAUGUUUGGCUACAGCUCGCAGCUCCGCGGCCUCACCCAGGGCAAGGGCGAGUUCUCGAUGGAGUACAAGUGCCACACACCCGUCAUGAUGAACAUCCAAAAGGACAUGCAGGAGGCCUACCGCAAGAAGCAGACCGAGAAGAAGUGA